AUGCAUGACUUGAUGCCUCCUCGUCUCCUCUUCACCUUGUUUCUCUUCGGCAUUUUCUCCACGAAUCAUGCGUGCAACCAAAUAGACCGCGACUCUCUCUUGUCCUUAGCCUUUAAUGGUAUGUCUUCUCCUCCCCUAAAUUGGUUUUCCAUUGAUUGUUGCCAAUGGGAAGGCAUUGCUUGUGAUCAUAAACAUCAAAUCAUCCAAAUUUGGUUACCUUCUAAAGGCCUCAGUGGGAGUAUAUCUCUUGCUCUUGGAAACCUCACAUUUCUCUCACACCUCAAUCUCUCUCACAAUUCACUUUCGGGCCCUCUCCGUAAAGGUUUGUUUUCUUCAUUGAAUAACCUCAAAGUCCUUGAUUUGAGCUACAACAAUCUAUUUGGAGAUAUAUUUGGUUGGCCUGCCUCCAUUCAAAUUGUUGACAUAUCUAGCAAUAAGUUCAGCGGAACAAUCCAAUCUUCAUUUCUUCAAAGAGCAUGGAGGUUGACUAAGCUCAACGUCAGUAACAAUAGUUUCACAGGUCCUAUUCCUUCCUAUCCAUGCAUCAAUUCUUCCUUUGUCAAGCUCCUUGAUUUCUCUCGUAAUCAUCAUGAUGGCCAAAUUCCUAGUGGAUUGGGGUCAUGUCCCAAACUAAAUGUUUUUCGAGCAGGUUCUAACUCUCUCUCAGGAAAACUUCCUGAUGAUAUAUACAAUGCGACAUGGUUAGAAGAAAUCUCCUUACCUUCCAAUAAUCUUUUAGGACCCAUUAGCAGUGACAUUGAGAAUCUUGCCAAAAUCACAAGCCUUGAGUUAUAUGAAAAUGAAUUGAACGGAAACCUCCCUACGAAUAUUGGCAAGCUUUCCAAAUUAAAGCAUAUAAUCCUUCAUACCAACUCCUUAACAGGUUCUCUACCCUCAUCUUUGGUGAAUUGCACAAAUCUCGUAAAAUUGAUUUUACGAGAAAAUUUUCUAGAAGGAGACAUCUCUACCUUUAAUUUCUCUAGUCUUCAUCAACUUACUACAAUUGACUUAGGCUUUAAUAACUUCUCCGGUAACUUGCCGAUAAGCCUUUACUCAUGCAAGUCCUUAAUCGCAAUUCGACUAGCCCAAAACCGACUAGAGGGGCAAAUCCUACCCGAGGUGCUUCAAUUGAAAUUCCUAUAUUUUCUUUCACUUGCUAGCAAUAGCCUAACCAAUAUCACCGGUGCAAUCAAGAUUUUGAAGCGUUGUAAUAGACUCAACAUUGUCCUUCUUGGAGGAAAUUUUCUACAUGAGACAAUGCCAGUUGGUUCCAAUGGAUUUAAAAACCUUCGAUAUUUGGAUCUUGGUGGCUGCCAACUAACUGGGCAAUUUCCUAUAUGGUUAUCUAAGCUCAAGAAACUAGAAUGUCUACAUCUAUAUUCAAAUCGUAUCACCGGUUCAAUUCCUAGUUGGUUGUCAACUCUUCCAAGGCUUUUUCGUUUAGACUUAUCUAAUAACCUCCUUUCAGGUGAAUUUCCAAAGGACCUUGGUGCAUUGCCAGCAUUAAUGUCACAAAAGGCUUUAGUUGACAACACUAAAUUGGAUUUACUAAUUUUUGCCACAAGAAGUACUAUCCAGUACAAUUCUCUCUCCAACAUGGGACCAGUAAUUUUUGUUGCAAACAACAGUCUUAGCGGCAACAUUCCUAUAGAGAUUGGUCAUUUGAAGCUACUUAUUGGUCUGGAUCUUAGUCAGAACAACUUCUCAGGCAACAUUCCAGACCAACUAUCUGAGCUCACAAACUUGGAAAGAUUAGACCUCUUUGCAAAUCAGUUGUCUGGUGAAAUACCCGCAUCAUUAAGUAGUCUACAUUUUUUGUCUGAGUUUAGUGUUGCAAACAACAAUCUGCAUGGACCAAUACCAUCAGGUACUCAACUCCAAAGUUUUGAUGCCUCUGCAUAUGAGGGCAAUCCUGGACUUUGCGGCCCCCCACUUCCACAUGAAUGUGCCCAUAUUGUUGGUAACGACAGAGACAUUCUUAGCGACGACGAUGAGCCUAGAAUCCCUUGGUUUCCAAUUACUAUGGUUCUUGGCUUUCUUACAGGUUUUUGGGGAAUUUGUGGUCCAUUAAUUUUUAGCCAUAAGUGGAGAGUUUCAUAUUUCCAUUUUCUUGACAACCUAAAAAAUAAAUAUUAA